AUGCUCUGUGCCUUUUGCACUGGGAUCUCUCUCAGCGGCUUAAUCGAGCUGGCAGAAGUUGAGUUCGCAAGCCGCCAGUCACCCCAACAUGCCUACUACAAACACUAUGACUCAUACAACGACCUGGUGCAAUCAGCCACAGACGGGUGUGACCUCUGUCAAAUGAUAUUGGCGGGAUUCACAAGCUUCAUAGUGGAUUUGUGGCCUUGGGAUGGCCAAACCCGUGACGAAGCAGUUCGAGAGACAGAAUAUCUAGGAAAAGCAAUUGACGUUAGGAUCAGUAUUGAUGCUGAUCAUUUGUACUUUGGACAAAGUUUGGAUCAGGUUGCACUAUUUGAUCUGCUUGUGGUCCAAGUCGGGGCGGCGGCAAUCAAAUACGAAGAAAAGGAAUGGAAAGUAGGGAGCCAUGGAAGUGAGGGAAGUGAAGGGAAAGAAGAAGACGUUACUAUACCGCCAUUAUUGAUUACGCUAAGUGUUCCUCGAGACAAGCAAAUUAGAAUUGGGAAAUAUCGUGUCGGGAGAUAUCGACUUGACCCAGUUCUUACAUCACAAAAUAAUUUCAGCAUCGCAAAGAGCUGGAUUGAGGAUUGUUGCAACAAUCAUCAAUCCUGUCCCGUCAAGCACAGCCCAGAACUGCCUGCCAGGGUAAUUGAUGUGGGUAACCUGGGUGAUGAGCAAAUAUUGAGACUUGUACAUUCUCACUCCUCGACUGGCCAGUAUGCCGCGCUCAGUCAUUGCUGGGGUGGACUGAUCUCAACGCGGUUACUAGCCGAUACCCUAAAAUCUUUUCAAACGGAUAUAUCCUUUUCCUCACUGCCCGAAAACUUCCGUGACGCCGUAACUAUUACAAGACAUCUAGGAAUUAAGUAUCUGUGGAUCGACGCUCUAUGCAUUAUACAAGACUCGGCAUCCGAUUGGGAGAUUGAGUCAAAGAAAAUGGGUGAUGUUUACCAAAAUGCUCUGAUUACCAUCUCUGCGGCGAUGUCUCCCGGAAGCACGGCAGGGAUUUUGACCGAAUCCUCUAGGGAGGAAGCGGUGAAAGAACACGUAAUGGGGGACAUGGUCUCCUCAGACUCCUCGAAAGUUUCCUACGAUGGCAACUCCGGAAUUGAAGUUUAUCUCUCUCUGAAUGAUAAAGAAGAGGAAACCCUCAGAAAUCUCUUCUUAAGCAGCCCUUUGAGUAAACGGGGAUGGUGUUUACAAGAAAGCAUCCUGUCGCCUCGUAUCCUUCAUUAUGGUAGCAAACAAAUCUACUGGCAAUGUCCUCAUGGAUUCCAGUCCGCGGAUGGCGUUCCAGCAGGAAACCUAAUGCCCGACAACGCUAAUUUAUAUUCCGCCAUCUCGAACGUUCUUCACCAACAUCUACAACGAGAUGUGGUGUGUAAGUCACAGCACGAUCGCAGGCCCAUACUAACUGAUUAUUACAAUCUGGUUGAGGAGUACUCAUCACGACAACUCACCUAUAACAGUGACAAGUUUCCUGCCUUCUCCGGUAUAGCUAGGCUCCUUCACCCCGUAAUUGGUGCCAGCUAUCUCGCUGGGAUGUGGAGCAAUGAUUUCGCGCAAGGUCUAUGCUGGCAUCAUGAGAUAUUCCAAUGCAGGCAUACUCUGUCAGAAGAAGCGCCUUCCUGGUCCUGGGCUGUAACUACUGACCCAAUUCUUUUCGCUCACAUUGAACGUAAAGAUGCCCCAGGUCCUUAUGAUUCUACAAUCACUCAACAUGACGUUAAGGUUCGGGGUGGGAAUCCCUACGGGCAAGUACAGUCCGGCAGCAUAGUUAUUGAGGGACUUGUCAAGACAUUCAGAAGAAGUAAGCAGGUGAUCUCUUCCGGCAAAGGUUCGAUUGCGAGAAUUUUUAUGGAUGAGUUUGAGAACCCGGAUAAUGAGUUGGAGGGGGUUUUGGACUUGUUUGAGGUCGAUGAGGUAGAUGGGCAGAGUUAUCUUCUGUCGGCGUUACAACGCAAGUCCAGUUCCAAAGUAACCUGGUUCAUUGAUUUCGACCUCAUAUCUCCUGUCUCCUACAUAGCUCUAAUUGUCAUAACAAGCGACGAGGAAAGUUUUUAUGAUGGGGAGUUUGGCACUUCGGCCCAGGCAUUAGUUUUAAGGAAAGUGAACAAAGUUCGCAAGACUGCCGGUUUAACGAAAGUCGAAAACGGAGAAAAUAAUGGGAAGGAAAUAGAAGAAGAAGAAUGUUUGUUAUAUGAACGUGUAGGCUAUUUCGAUACUAUGCAUUGGAAGCAGCCUAGCUUUAAGCGAUGGAUGGAGACCUGGGACAGGAAGAGUGUAACGAUAAUCUAA